GUCACGAACUAUCUCAAUUUGGCGCCAAAAGCUAAGCAAAUGUCAAAUUGUUUUGUUACACAGAUAUAGGUAGGCAAAAACUUGAAAAUUGCAAGUUUUUGUUUGUUUUAAGCAGAAGAAUAAUAUAAUUUCAAUUAUAAAAUGGAAGAAGGUGAUUUUGAUCAACGUUUAAGAGAUUUACAGAGAGAAUAUCUUGAAUUUUUGGACGAUGAGGAAGACCAAGGGAUUUAUAUGGAAAAGGUGAAGCAAAUGAUAGCUGAUAAGUCGCAGCGGUUAGUUGUGAGCGUAAACGAUCUGCGACGUAAGAAUCCGGAGCGUGCUCGUAAUUUGCUUGACAAUGCAUUUGAAGAACAGAUAGCGUUCCAAAAAGCUCUGAAAGAAUAUGUCUCCUCUAUCGACCCUACAUACGCGAAGGUUCAAGAGGAGUUUUUCGUCGCGUUCAAUGGUAGCUUCGGAAACAAACAUGUUACACCUAGGAGUUUGACAUCAAGGUACUUGGGUAACUUAAUAUGUGUGGAAGGUAUUGUGACCAGGGUGUCUCUGGUGCGACCCAAGGUAGUGCGCAGUGUGCACUACUGUCCGGCCACAAAGAAGGUUAUGGAGAGGAAGUAUACUGACCUGACUUCUUUUGAAGCCUUCCCUACUUCAGCUAUCUAUCCCACUAAGGAUGAUGAAGGCAAUCCCUUGGAGACAGAGUAUGGUCUCUCCCGCUACAAGGAUCACCAAACCCUGACAGUCCAGGAGAUGCCGGAGCGGGCACCAGCAGGCCAACUGCCCAGGAGUGUGGACAUCAUUUGUGAUGAUGACUUGGUGGACAAGUGUAAACCUGGAGACAGAGUGCAGAUUGUAGGCAAUUACCGUUGUUUGCCUAACAAGCAGGGCAGUUUCACUGCUGGUACUUUCAGGACAAUUCUAAUAGCGAACAAUGUGACACAAAUCAACAAGGAUAUGAACAUGAAUAUUACCUUAGAGGAUGUGAAGCUCUGCAAGAGGUUAGCCAAGCGUGGUAAUACAGAUAUGUUCGAGCUACUGUCCAAGUCACUAGCUCCCUCUAUACAUGGACAUGAUUAUAUUAAGAAAGCUAUACUCUGCUUGCUGCUUGGCGGAAUGGAGAAAGUCCUGCCUAAUGGCACUAGACUUCGAGGUGACAUCAACAUUCUUCUAAUUGGAGACCCGUCGGUAGCAAAGUCCCAGUUGCUUCGUUACGUGCUGCAGACGGCGCCGCGUGCCAUUACCACUACUGGUCGAGGGUCCUCUGGUGUAGGUCUCACUGCUGCAGUCACCACUGACCCUGAGACUGGAGACCGCAGAUUGGAAGCAGGUGCCAUGGUGUUAGCAGACCGCGGUGUAGUAUGUAUCGACGAGUUUGACAAGAUGUCGGACAUCGACCGCACGGCCAUCCACGAGGUGAUGGAGCAGGGCCGCGUCACCAUCGCCAAGGCGGGAGUGCACGCCACGCUCAACGCGCGCUGCUCCGUGCUCGCCGCCGCCAACCCGGUCUAUGGAAGGUACGACCAGUACAAGACGCCCAUGGAGAACAUAGGCCUGCAAGACUCGCUGCUCUCACGUUUCGAUUUACUGUUCGUGAUGCUGGACAUCGCGGACGCAGACCACGACAACAUGAUAUCUGAACACGUGCUUAGGAUGCAUAGAUACAGGAACCCCAAGGAACAAGACGGUGAAGUUCUACCAAUGGGCUCCACAGUAGAGAUGCUUUCUACUGAGAAUCCAGAUAAUGAUGAAGCUGAGGAGACAAACGCCUCAAUAUACGAGAAGUACGAUCCUCUAUUACACGGGAACACUCGCAGCAAAAAGGAGCAGUACCUGAACACGAAGUUUAUGCGCAAGUUCAUCCACAUCUCGCGGCUUAUGAAGCCCAAGCUCACGCAGGAAGCGUCAGACGCCAUCGCUGAUGAAUACGCCCGGCUCAGGAACCAGGAUAUGAUGGACAGUGAUGUGGCCAGGACGCAACCGGUGACAGCUCGUACUCUGGAGACGCUGAUCCGUCUGUCGACGGCGCACGCCAAGUGCCGGCUCAGCUCUCAGGUCACGCAGGACGACGCGCACGCCGCCAUCGAACUAGUGCAGUUCGCGUACUUCAAGAAGGUAUUGACAAAGGAGAAGCGUCGCAAGCGCCGCGUGUCUGAGGAUGAAGGGGCCGCGUCGGAUGGAGAGCAAGCAGCGCCGCCGCGCGCUAAGAAGUCCAGGAGAACGGCGGGUGCUCAAGGCGAGGAUCCUUACACGUUCUCAUCAGAUGAAGAGGCGGAGCCAGUACUGCGGGCCGCGCGCUCCUCACUGCCGGAGCCCACGCAGCGCUCCACCAGGUCCUCACAGAAGACACUUGACACCAACAGAUUAACCCAAUUCAAAUCAGCAUUACACCAGUUAUUCAAAGAGGAGCGAGCGAACUCUCUGCCUUUAUCGCGCGUGACGUCAUUCGUGAAUGAGAAGUAUUCGCACGAGACGUUCGAUGACGCUGAGAUACUGGCUGCGCUGGACAAGAUGACUCAGGAUAACCAGGUCAUGAUGGCUGAUGAUAUUGUGUUCUUGAUCUAACAGAUGUGAUUGAUGUGAUUGUAUCUGUAAUACCCGGCACGAAACAGCCAGAUUUUUACGUGAUAAGGGUAAGAAUUGCUCACUGUGUAUUUUAUUUUCGCAUUAUUUAACGGUUAUUACCAUCAUUUUUUUAUAAUGUCUAAUUGGUAGUAAGAUAAGAAUAAGAAAGGGCAUUUGUGUUGACAAUUAAAGGAGAAAUAGUGAAACAUUACACAGUGCGCGAACUUAUAUUCAAACCAUGUCAAAAUGUGGUCCUCGUUUAUGUUGAGAUCUGUAGCUAAGCUCGCUAGUGGUAUAAACCUUAAAUUGUUAAGUUUGUGUUGCGUAAGCGCAGGCGCAAGAAGUGUUGUUGGUUGGCAAAAAUAAAGUUUGUUAACUGUACUCUUAGUACGAAAUUGCCUAUCGUAUAAUGAAAACGAAACGAUAGCGCGAUCGGCGCUCUGAUUGGCUGGCGCGAAUUAACCAACCAAUCAGAGCGCUGAACGCGCAUUCGUUUCUAUUACGUUAAACGUAAAACAAAACUCGUACUAAGCCCUCUGUAUUGUUUAUUUUUCUGUAGUUUGGACUCACAUUUUAAAUUACCAGUGAAAUUAGUUUUUGAAGAUGCUAUGAUAUGUAAUCGAUAUGUCACAUCGUAGUUUUGUGUACAGUUCAAUUUAAGAUUAAUGUGUUACUACUUAUUUUAACUUUAAUUCAGGUUUAUAUAAUCUUUAGUUCUACAACCCAGCCUAUUAUUUUGUACGUAAUAAUAUCAUCACGAGAUACAAUUCCCGCCUAUAAUUACGACAGUUUGUGUUAUCAUAAUCAUUGUCAUGUUACUGUUACAUAACGUUUAGAUUUAAGUGCCUUUUGUACCUAAUUAUGUAAUUCAUAAAUCAAGGUAAAUAAUGAUUUACAAUAAAUAAAACAAUUGAUUUUUACAAACAA